AUGAAUGCAGAGAUAGAAGAUACAGUCAAGAACUGCACUAAAUGUGCAGAAUUCCCAAGAAAGAAUUCAGCAGAACCUCUCAUGCCUACUUCAGUACCCAACUAUCCAUUUGCAGAAGUCUCAACAGAUAUUUUUGACUUCGAGGGAAAGAACCAUCUCAUUACGGUUGAUUAUUUUUCCAAAUAUAUUGUGGUGGAUGAACUUAGAAAUCUCACUAGUGAACAUGUUAUUGAAAAACUAAAAAGUCAGUUUUGUCGUCAUAGAAUAUCUGAAAAACUAUGGAGUGAUUGCGGACCACAGUUCACAAGCAAACAGUUCCAGCAGUUUUGUAAAGACUAUGGCAUCAAUCACAACACAUCAAGUCCACACUUCCAAAGUUCCAAUGGGGAAGCAGAACGUGCCAUUCAAACGGUAAAGAAACUGUGGAGAAAGAACACCGACCAAUAUCCUGCACUUCUCGACUACCGAACAACUCCAUUAGAAGGAAUCAAUCUUUCUCCGGAACAGCUUCUGAUGGGACGUCGCCCUAGAAAUAAACUACCAUCAUCCCGAGGCCUUUUGACUCCUUCAUCUUACAAUCAAGAAGUCAUCAAACAGCGUUUUAACCUUGAAAAGGAGAGACAGAAAUACUAUCAUGACAAACCAAAUAUUACAAAUCAUGCUCCAUUCCAACCAGGAGACCAGGUACGCAUGGCUCCACUACCGAGUUCAAAAGAAUGGCAUGCAGCUGUGGUACUGAAGUGCCAUUCCCUGCCAAGAUCGUACAUAUUACAAUCAGGAAACCAGAUAUUUCGACGUAACAGAAAACAUCUACACAGUUCAACUGCAGAGGCAAACAAAGUGCCUUUAUGGGCAGAAGAAAACAUGGCAUAUGAGCCUCUUGAAACCGGGCCCAACAAUUACACAAAUUCCCAUGAAUCCUCGCCACUGAAGUCGAAUCGGACCGAAGCUGAAAAUCUCUCACACGGACGAGUGCCCAUGUGGCACUGGUCCAGACACCACCCCACAUUCUCCAAUCCUAUCCCACCUUCGACACUCUGCGACAGCAAACGUGGCCCAGUGCAGUGUAGUUACGGUAUUGUAACGGAAACUUUCGCCUACGUCUCGGUUACGUGUCGAUGUCAGCGCUACGUUAUCGUAUCUAAGUGCAAUGGACCCAAGGGAGAAGCUGUGGGGACCGGCGACGUCGCUAAGGCUGACUGCGGACUUCGUCCACAAUACCGGACUACCCAUCUAACAUGGCCUGGAUCGCAGAAGAAGAAGAAGGAAUUACAGUUAAUAAUAGGGUCACUGUGA